GGCAGCGGGAAGUAAACAAACAAGCAUGGCGAUGGAGGGUCACAGAAGCGAGCCCACGUCGGUAAUUGUAACGCAAUUGCCGAAAGAAGCGUAUAGAAGACCAAUUAAUGACUAUUUCGGCCAAAUUGGACCAGUGGUCAGAUCACAUCUAGUCAGAGAUAAUGAAGGCAAUUCGAAGGGCAUUGCGUACAUUGUGUACUCAACACAAGAGGAUGCUGAGAGAUGUGUGGAACAACUCAACAAUACUAAAUUUCAAGAUAAGGUGAUUCACGUAAAGUUGACAAAGCAGAAAGGUGGCAGGAAAAUAUAUGAAGAUGAAGAUGAAAACCCAGAAGUUAAAGAGGAAGCCAAUGAUUUUUACGAAGAGGAAGCGGAAUAUAAGUACAACAAUAGUUGGAACCCAGCGAAGGAUAGGAACAUGCGUAAACAGGGAAGAAUUGUUGUGAGAAAUUUGUCCUUUAAGGUUGAUGAAGACAUAGUCAGAGAGCAUUUCUCAAAAUUUGGAGUCAUUGAUGAAAUUAAUUUAUUGCGCAAGAAGGAUGGCCAGCUUGUGGGUUGUGGUUUUGUCCAAUAUAGAACCAGAUCUGAAGCUCUACGUGCAAUAGAGGAAUGCAAUAUGAAGCCACUGUUAGGUAGAACAAUAGCUGUGGAUAUAGCCGUCCCAAAGGAGAAGUUCACAGGGAAGAAUGAGAGGGCAGAGAGCUCCCACACAGACUAUGGAGAUGACCCGGGAAAUUCAACAGCAGGACCUAAUGAGAGAUUCUAUUACAAGGACGAACAGAAAGGAAGCAACCACGUCAUUUUUGGCGAGGAAGACACAGAUUAUCUCAAUGUGAAAAUAAAGGAAGAGAGGUUAAGCGAUGAUGAAGAGAUCAGUAUAGUAAAGGAAAGGAAAAGUGACAAUGACAGUAAAGAAGACAUUAAAGUGAAAAGGGAAGACAUGCUGGAUAACGAAGGGGAUGACAGUGGUGUGGCAGAUGACGAGAUAGUAAGCGAAGACGAAGAGGAGUUCAAAGGAAGCCAGGUCAGAGACCCAAUGGAGGGAGCAAAACCAGCCCCAACGAGAGGACCCAGCAAGGACGUAGCAGAGGAGAGAACUCUGUUCAUCCGGAAUGUGUCUUUCGACGCCACAGAGGAGGACAUUGGCAAGGUUUUGGAGAAGUUCGGAGAGCUAAAGUACGUCUUGAUAUGCAUGGAUAAGAUGACUGACCAUCCUAGAGGCACUGCAUUUGCUCAAUUCAAGGAAAGAGAAGCAGCUGAUGCAUGUCUGGCAGCAGUGACUGACCCCCUGAAGAAGGAGGAAUUUCUUGUCUGCGGCCGAUAUAUGCAUGCCAUGAGGGCCAUCAGCAGGAAUGACUUGGAUGUGAAAACCAAGGAAAAAAAAGAGAAAAUCCAGAAGGACAAACGAAACCUUUAUCUAGCACGUGAAGGAUUUAUUCGUGAAGGAACCCAAGCAGCAGUAGGUGUAUCCAAGACAGACCUGGCACUGCGCGUUAGGCUGACGCAGGUGAAGAAGAGACUGUUGAAAAACCUACACAUGUUCAUUUCUCCUAAUCGCUUGUGUGUGAACAACCUGCCAGAGGAGCUGACUGAUAAAGAGUUCAAGCAGAUAUUUAUUAAAAAUUCACCAAAAGGGGCAAAGAUUACAGAGUCACGCAUUAUGAAAGACUUAAAGACCUUAUCGGAUGAUGGUACUCCUGUGAGCAAGGGAUAUGGUUUCAUCUCGUUUGCAGAGCACGAACACGCACUGCAAGCCCUGAGGAAAGUCAACAACAACCCUGAUAUAUUUACAGUGUUCAAGAGGCCAAUAGUGGAAUUUUCGGUGGAGAAUCGGGCCAUCCUCAAUGCGCGAGAGAAGAGGAUGGAGAAGAGCAGGGAGAUGAAUCCCACGUGGAAGAACAGCAAGAAGGCUCAGAAGAAAAAUGCAGAAGGCAAGAAGAAAGGUGAAAAGAAAACAGGAGACAAAGCCAAACCAGCAGUUGCCAAGAAGGCCAGCAAAGUAGCCACCGACACAGAGGGAGCCCAACUGCCGGCCUUUGUGGGAACGAAGAGCAAUGCGAAUCAGGGAACCAGCGGGGCCAUAUUGGGGAACCUAGGACCAAAGGUUCGAAAUCGCGACAAGGGUCAACCCCAGGGAAAGAUCACCCGCAGAAAGUACAGAAGGGAGAUGCAAGAUCGUGCUACAGGAAAGAAGCGGAAACGUCCUCAGGUUGAUGCUCCUGAAGAGGCAGCAGCACCAGUUAAGAAAGCCAAAACAGUUACAGAAGGAAAGGAAGGAAAGAUGAAGAAAUUAAAGAUGAAGAAAAAGAUGAACAAGGAAAUGAAAAAUGCCAUGAGAGAAGAUGCAGCGUUUAAUAAAAUGGUAGCAAAAUACAAGCAAAAAAUGACCUCUGUAGGGCCUAACAUCCCCGCUAAGAGAUGGUAUGAAGAUUAGCCUUCAUUAAUAAAAAAAAAA